CGAUCCGACUGGACUCCCCACGACAACUCUUUUCUAUGCGAUAUUUGGUGAGAUAAUGAGAGACUUAAAGGCGGAAGGCUAAUUCUAAAAAUAGUCGUUUUGUGAAGUGCCAAACUCUAGCGGAUGAGUAUAACCGGAAAAUAAGUUGAGACAUUGAGUUGAGUACAAUGAUGAAUUCACAUACAACCCCAGUAACUGCUAGUUCCUUUCCAAAAUGGAAGUCUAAUAAACGAAGGCAUAUCAUUGAAAAGUGUACAGGAAGGGAAUUCUAUUUUGAGCAAGAUCCGCUCAGUUUAAAAUGGAAUGAUGUUACACCAGAAAUAGAAACAUUGGAGGCCAAGGAAACUGAGCCCGAUGGUAAUAAAAGGAAGCCUCAGUCUAGUGAUUCAUCUCGAAGUUCAUGGCCAAAAAUUCUAAAAAUAUCUAGAAAAAAUUCUAAACAGAACAAAACACAAAUUUGUGAAACUAGUGCAGAUAGUAUGCCUAUGGUUAAUAUAAUGAGUUUAGUCAAGAAACACUUAAAUAAAAGUAAGACUAAUGUUGCUAAUAACAAUGAAAAUAGUGACACACACACUAACAACAAUUUUAAGGGUGUAGGUAUUGAAUCUGUCAGGAAAAAUAUUAAAAUUGAAAAUGAAUUAAAAUCAGAAAUUGUAUCAUCAGUUUCAGCCUCUACCUCUAAAAGUAUUAAUAUCAAAUCCAAACCUUUACAUCAUGACCAUGUGAAAAUCAAACUGGAGCCUUCUAGUUACAAUGACGGGCAAAGUGAUCAGGAACCUGAUAGUAACUGUAAAAGGCAAAGUGAUCAAGAGCCUUCUGGUUUUUAUGCAGAGGAAAAUUUACAGGAAUCUUCUG